UUAUAGGCUUCAACCAUUUGAUUGCGUCCAUGCUGGAGCACUGUCUUAAAGGAUUUUAGUCAAAGAAAUCGAUCCCAGGACUUAUUCUUUGUAAGCCUAGUACUUCUUCUAUCGAUUAUUUUUGCUGAACCGCUACGGUUACGGGGACAUAAAUACACCAGCAUCGGUUUUGAAGCGAUGAUGGGAGGACCAACACAGACACACACACACACACACACACACACACACGCACACACGACGGGCUUCUUUCAGUUUCCGUCUACCGAUUCCACUUACAAGGCUUUGAUCGGCCCGAUGCUAUAGUAGAAGACACUUUCCCAAUGUGCCACGUUGUGGGACUGAACCCGGAACCAUGUGGUUGGGAAGCAAGCUUCUUACCACACAACCACGCCUGAGCCUUGGUGGAUGUGUACGGUAAGAGUAAUUCACUCAUUAUUUCUGCUGUUCGGACGACAAUAUUGCGUUCGGAAAAACGAAAACAAAAAAAAAACAUCUUGUUUGUAUCGUACAAUACACAUUUCGAUGCUUCUAAUAAAACAAAUACUAGUUUUUGUUUAUAUUUGUACACACGUGGUUGUUCAAUAAGUAAUUUAGCGUUUAAAUCGCAGGAUGAAUUUAUCAGCAGGCUGUUAAGCUUCAUCUCAGCAACAAUCUGGACCGUUUUUCCGGUUUCCAAUAUGGUGCUUACGUUGCGUGUCCCUAGUCAUGUGGUCGUCCUUGGUGAAAGAACGUCGUUACCCGUUGUACCUUUUUUUUUUCAGCUUUUACCAAGUUGCUUCAUAUACGGUCUCUGAGGAUCAUCUCCCCUGCUUAUCAGGAUCAAUUUCACAUGUUCCCUUGGCGUCUCAUUUACAAUGUAGAAAAAUUGCUCGUGCAGGGCUGUUAACCCAACGCCUACCACCCUUCUUCUCUCAAAAACCGGACCUGGACCCGGUUGUAGCUAUUCUUAUAUUCUUAUAACGGCAAUUCUUAUAUUGUGUACAAAGUACAAUUCUACAAUGUAAAGCCAUGUAAACAAUGCUUCUUAAUUUCACUACACCCACAUCUCACAACACACGAACACAUACAUACACAGGGACGUAAACACACAUAUACACGCACACACGUAUACAUAUAAAUCGAUAACAAUACCGUUGUGUCUUCUUAAUGUUUUGGAGACGGUUUUUAGAAAAAUUCUUUGACCAAUGACAAAGGUCACCUCAGUGCCAUGUCAUCAUCAGUUAUAUUAGGUUCUAUACAAUACGCCAAGUGGACAUGAAUUCACACACACACACACACACACACACACACACUGACAAACACACACAUAGUCACAAACUUACAACGACAUAUAAUAACAAUGCAAUAAAAUAAAACAACAACACAGCAAUAAAAAUAUUUAAAUAAAGUCUGUAAGCAUGAUGUGAAACCAGACCGUCAACUUCUGUCUCCUCGUCACAACUUACUAAUAAAAAGUUUGUGUGCAACGUUCGUCGAUUUACACUCGAAAUUGAUUGGGAAAAGUCGAGUCGCGAACCAUGAAGUUUGCUGUUACAAAAGCUGUUCUUUUCGUUUUUCUGAUUCCAAUUUUUGCAUUGACCGUAACAUGUCGUGUGUUGUCUUCCAGGGGACACGAUCUUGUUGAUUGGGAACAUUCACGGCUAGGGCCUCAAGAUGGCCUCACUGAAGACGCUUAUCGUCUUCGUCACCUUCCUUCACAGCCUGAUGUCCCCAAUGUUCCGUCAUCAUCUUCUUCUCUUUCUUCUCCUGUUAAUCACCGACGGCGUUAUCAUCGCCAGAACCUCGAUCACCACCAGGUGGAAUCCCCGGAGGAGACUGUCAAUGGAGAGUACGAAAACGUCCAACAAUGGGACGAAGAAGAUCCGCAGUGUCGUCACAAAGAACAAAUCCAUGCGCGAAACGGAAAACACGCCCGACAAAGUCACGGGAAAUCUAUUCGGCGACGACAGAGGGAACGCCACGAACAGCGAUCCGGGGAACGAAACCGGCGUCGACGCAUAGAGCGUCUUGGUCAACGACUUAGAGGUCAUCAGAGAGAAUUCUACAGGAAGCCGAUGAAAGGGCUCAACCAGCACCAACACCGGCGAGGAAGGUUCGAUGAGUAUCAUGGCUUAGAAAUCACUGGACAUCGAGAAGGAGAUUUCGACGAGCUGCAACGUCUAGGAGGCUCUCAGCAUCAAGAGGAAGAUUUUUACGACUUACAGGCCGCCCAACACCAAGAGGGGGAUUUUGACGAGCAGCCAGAUUUAAGGGCCACUCAGCACCGAGAAGAAGAUUAUGAUAAGCAGCAACGCUUCGAUGCCCCUCGAUACAGUGAGGGAGAGUUUUAUGACUUAGAUGCCGCUCAGCAUCAAGAAAGAGAUUUUGACAAGCAGCAAAACUUAGGGGCUACUCAGCACCAAGACGAAGAUUUUGACGAGAAGCAAGACUUAGGGGCUACUUAUCACCAAGAUGGGGAUUUUGACGAGCAGCAACACUUAGGGACUACUCAGCACCGAGACGAAGAUUUCGACGAGCAGCAAGACUUAGGGGCCACUUAUCACCAAGAUGAGGAUUUUGACGAGCAGCAACACUUAAGGGCCACUCAGCACCGAGACGAAGAUUUUGACGAGCAGCAAGAAUUAGGGACCACUUAUCACCAAGAUGGGGAUUUUGACGAGCAGCAACACUUAGGGAUCACUCAGCACCGAGACGAAGAUUUUGACGAGCAGCAGCCCUUAGGUACGCCUCGAUACCAUAACAGCGAGUUUUAUGACUUAGAGGCACCUCACCACCGCGAAGGAGAUUAUGACGAACAACACAACUUAGGGGUCACUCAGCAUCGAGAGGAAGAUUUUGAUGAACAGCGAGACUUAGGGGCCACACAGCACCGAUGGAGGGACCAUGAUGAACAGCAAGAUUUAUGGGCCACUGAACAAGAAAGAGAAUUUCACGAACAUCCAGAAUUAGGAACUGCUCAACACCAACAGGAAGAAUUCCACGAAGAAUUACUGACACAAGACUAUGAGCUGCCAGGAAGGAACGCUAAUAUGGAUGAAGAUGAAAGUCAAUAUAUUAGUGAUAUCAAUAAAGAAGCUAUGAUGCCUACAGGUGAGGGAGUCCCCAGACUCCACAACCAUCACCAACAUCGUAUUGACUAUGAUAAACAUCACCGUGUGACUGAGAGCUUGAAUCAUGUAAAUAUUGACUAGCAUAUACACAAGAUGCUGUGUCCUUGAAAGUAAUACAAAGGAUUAUUACAUUCUUCAAGUUACUAGUGGUUUCACCUAUUGUUUCAUUCAUUACCUGCCUAUAUCAUGAGUUAAAUCUGCAACUGAACGUCCGUCCAAUCUAUUUGUCAUAAUCGGCUGAAUCUAUCUUCAAAACACUUGUGUUGACAUCUGCUUGAAUCAACAUCUCUUGGUAUCUGUACAACACAUCAAGUUAAAUUUGACCGCUGAAUAUUUGCAGACUUCAACAUAUGAAACACUUUGCUUGAUAUACCUGACUAAAAUUCACCUGCUUGAUAUAUAUGUGUAUCAAGGUCUAUGGUGGUUAACAUCAGCCUUGGAGGAUCUUCAAAAGUCUUGGAAUAACACUAACUGUUUCCUUUCUUGUGUUCCUUUGCCCAAACCAUGAAAAGACAGCCUGGAUCUUUUUAUAUGUCUAAUAAAAUUGAC